AUGGAAUUUUUCGAAAAGCAUAAAACUGGAGAACUCAUGAGUAGACUAAGUAGAGAUAUUUCAACUGCUAAAGCAGCAGUUGGAUUUAACACUAAUAUGCUUUUAAGAAAUUUCUUUUUAAUUUUUAGUAAUUUAAUUAUGCUUUUUGUAAUUAGUUGGAAGGUUUCACUUGCUAUAUUGCCUGUCGUACCCGCUUAUUAUUUUGUUACUAAAGUUUAUUCCAGUUUUAGUAAAAAAAUAGAAAAAAAAGUUAGUGAUAUAUCUGCUGUAUAGAGUGAAUUAACAGAGGAAGUCUUCUCUGGAAUUAUGACUGUGAAAUCUUUCGGUUAGGAAAAUUUCGAGAUUAAAAAAUACAAUUAAAUUAUUUCAGAUGAAUAUGCUGAAUGUUUGAAAAGCUCAAUAGCGAAUGCUUUAUUUUUUACAAUUUAAAAUACAUUUAUUUCUAAUAUUGGCAUUUUGAUUAUUUUAUGGUAUGGAGGUUCUAUUGUGGCUGAAUAAACUGGAGAUUUAUCUUCUGGAGAUUUGGCUUCUUUUAUUUUAUAUUCGACUUCUCUAGCGACUAAUUCCUCUGCUAUAUCAUAUGGAAUUAGUAGUAUUGUUAGCGCUAUGGGAGCAUUGGAGAGGAUUUUCGAAAUGCUAAAUUACGAGCCGAUAGUUAAAAAUAAUACAGGGAAGAAUUUCACAUGCGUAAGUGGAGAAAUAGAACUUAAAGAUGUUACAUUUUCCUAUCCGAAAACUAAUGUGGAGAUUUUGCAUGGAGUUUCAAGCAAAAUAAAGGCUGGGGAAUGUGUGGCUAUUGUUGGGGCUUCUGGAAGUGGCAAAAGUACUAUAGUGAAAUUAAUUGAGAGAUUUUAUGAUGUUAGUAGUGGAGGAAUUUUCGUAAAUGGGGAAAAUGUCAAAGAAAUAAAUGGAUUAAAGUUGAGGUAAUAAAUAGGCUUAGUGAGUUAAGAACCAACACUUUUUUCGGGCAGUCUAUUGGAUAAUAUAGUCUAUGGAAUAGAUGAAUAUUGUUUAGAUUUUAUUGAUAAAAUUUGCGAUAUGGCAGGGGUUAGUGAAUUUUUAUAAAAUAAGAAUAUGUUCCCGAAAGGAUAUGAUACUCUUGUGGGAGAAAGAGGUACUAAACUUUCUGGAGGAUAAAAAUAAAGAGUGGCUAUUGCUAGGGCAUUGGCUAAAAAUCCGAAUAUUUUAAUUUUUGAUGAGGCUACAAGUGCUUUGGAUGCUGAAAGUGAAUACUAAGUAUAGUAAAGUAUUGAUAAAUUAGUUUAAAACAAAAGUAUGACAAUUAUUAUUAUUGCUCAUAGAUUGUCUACAAUAAAAAAUUCUAAUAAAAUUAUUGUUAUGUAGUAUGGAAUUAUCGUUGAAGAGGGAAAUCAUUAAGAACUUAUUGAAAAAUAAGGAGUUUAUAAGAGUUUAAUUGAAAGAUAAAUAUAAAAUACUAUUUAGAUCAAUUGA